AUUCGUCUCUGUUCCUUCUCCCACCUCCUUGGUACCCACUGGAACCAGUAGUCUCUCUCUCUAAAUACUCUCUCUUUCUCUCUCUUAAAGCUCUUGUUAGAGUUCUUUUACUCUCGAUAUUACGCUCUCUCUAUAUAAUACCGUUUAAACCGGUCUAUCUAUCUAUUGCAGCAAUCAUACUUUUUCAUUUUUCUCACUUUAUUGCCCUCCUUUUUGACUCUUUUUUUCACUCUCUCUCUAGGGUUCUGAUUCAACACAAUCCUAUUAUUUAUCUCUCUCUCUCUCCCUCUCUCUCUUUCUCUCUCUAGAAAUGACAACUUCUGUGAAGAACAGCUUCUUGCCCCCUGGCCUGGUUUCGAAUCUCCAGGAAGUUCUGCUCAGCAGAAAGGGGGGCGAAGAGGAGCAAUCGAAGAACACUGAUGAUGAUCCCAACCAAUCCUCUUCUACUCCUUCUCCUUCUGAUAGUGUUGAUGAGCCCAAUUCGGAUAAAGACAGUUCAAAGCCUGUUGUUUUGGUCACAAAUGGUGACGGGAUCGACUCACCUGGGCUCACUCAUCUCGUCGAUGCUCUGGUUCGUGAAGGCCUCUACAAUGUCCAUGUCUGCGCUCCGCAAUCGGAUAAAUCAGUGUCUAGUCACGCAAUGACACUCCGAGAAACAGUUGCAGUGAAUUCAGCUGAAAUUAAUGGUGCAACAGCUUAUGAAGUUUCUGGGACUCCUGCAGAUUGUGUGUCAUUAGCAUUAUCGGGUGCAUUAUUUUCUUGGUCAAAGCCUCUGCUGGUAAUCAGUGGAAUUAACAGAGGUUCAAGUUGUGGCCAUCACAUGUUUUACUCAGGUGUUGUGGCUGGAGCUAGAGAGGCAUUGAUUUGUGGUGUACCAUCUAUAUCAAUAUCACUGAACUGGAAGAAGGAUGAAAGCCAGGAAAGUGAUUUCAAGGAUGCUGUUAACGUCUGUUUACCAUUACUAAACGCUGCCAUUAGAGAUAUAGAGAAGGGAAUUUUCCCCCAAAAUUGCUUACUGAAUAUAGAAGUUCCAACAUCUCCUUUUACAAACAAGGGCUUCAAAUUAACUAAGCAAAGUCUGUGGAGAUCCACACCAAACUGGCAAGCCAUUUCUGCCGGCAGGAAUGCAUCUGCUGGACGCUUCAUGUCCAAUCAGCAAAGCCUUGGUAUGCAGCUUGCACAGCUCAGUCGAGAUGCCUCUGCUGCAGGUGCAGCUCGCCGUUUGACAACACAGAGAAAGAAAAUUGAGGUUGUUGAAUCAGUGGGAGUUGCAGGGAAAUCUGAUUCCAACCGGUCAGUGAAGUACUUCCGACUAGAGUUUCUGGACGAGGCGCGGGAAGAUGUUGCUGAAGAUCUAGAUUUCAGAGCGCUUGAAAAUGGAUUUGUUGCAAUAACUCCAUUCUCUCUUUCUCCACAUUUAGAGUCAGACACUCAAACAGCUGCUUCAGAUUGGAUAUCUGCAGCACUCCAAGCGGAACAACAAUCAUCAACAUGAUGAAACAAAAAUCGUGUACAUUAGGAGUUGCAGUAUGUUGUUUAAUAUCAAUUCAACAUUAUGUCAGUUCUUUCUUGUGCUGUCCCUUUCAUUAAUUUUCUUAUCGUCUUCUUCUCCCAUCUACAUUCUUCCAUCUUUUACCUUUGUUGUGGAGCAAACGCUCCCCACGUUAGUUUGUAUGUUUGGCAUGUUGUAAAAUGGCAGCCUGUCCCUGUUUCUUCAUUGCUGCCAAAAUUCUCCGGGAUGGGUUGUUUUGUAUCUUUCUUUUUUCCCCCCUUUUCUCUCUUUUUGGCAUUUUCCAAAUGUUGGAUGUGUUGGGUGGUUGUUUAUUGUAGUUUGUUCAGUGUAACUUGAAAUGGGCAGGUUAGAAUUGUUGGUUGUAGUAUUAUAUUUUGUUUUUACAGUUGUGUUUGUUUGGAAGCAAUAUCAAGGAAGAACGAAUGACUCACAAGUUA